AUGGCCACCAGCACUACGGGCUCUACGCUGCUGCAGCCCCUCAGCAACGCCGUGCGGCUGCCUGUCGACCAGGUGAACUUUGUGGUGUGCCAACUGUUUGCCUUGCUGGCGGCUGCCUGGUUUCGGACGUACCUGCACGCCAGCAAGACCAGCCCCUUCAUAAGACACGUGGUGGCUACCUGCUUGGGCCUUUACCUUGCACUUUUCUGCUUUGGAUGGUAUGCCUUACAUUUUGUUAUACAAAGUGGAAUUUCCUACUGUAUCAUGAUCAUAAUAGGACUGGAAAAUAUGCACAAGUAUUGCUUUGUUUUUGCUUUGGGAUACCUCACAGUGUGCCAAAUUACCAGAGUCUAUAUCUUUGACUAUGGACAGUAUUCUGCUGACUUCUCAGGCCCAAUGAUGAUCAUUACCCAGAAGAUCACCAGUCUGGCAUUUGAGAUUCAUGAUGGAAUGUGUCGGAAAAAUGAAGAUUUGACUCCCUCACAGAGGUGCUUGGCUGUAAGACGCAUGCCAAGCCCACUGGAGUAUUUCAGUUACACCUGUAACUUCCUGGGGAUCCUGGCAGGCCCCUUAUGCUCUUACAAAGACUAUAUUGCUUUCAUUGAAGGCAGAUCAUACCAGCUGCUCCAGCCGGAAGCCAACGGGAAGGAGGACACAAAGUACGAACAAACAGAGCCCUCUCCAAAUAUAGCUGUGGCACAGAAGCUCUUGAUCUGUGGCCUGUCCUUGCUCUUCCACAUGACCAUUACCCAAGCCUUGCCUGUGGAGUACAACAUUGAUGAGCACUUCAGAGCUACAGCUUCAUGGCCUGUAAGGUUUUUCUACCUGUACCUGUCUCUCGUGGCUGCCAGACCCAAGUAUUACUUUGCAUGGACCUUAGCAGAUGCAAUUAAUAAUGCAGCAGGGUUUGGCUUCAGAGGCUACGACAAAACCGGAGCUGCACGCUGGGACCUUGUCUCAAACCUGAGGAUCCAGCAGAUAGAGUUUUCCACAAGCUUCAAGAUGUUCCUUGAUAACUGGAAUAUCCAAACAGCUCUUUGGCUUAAAAGAGUGUGCUAUGAGAGAGCCACCUUCAGCCCCACGAUCCAGACCUUCAUCCUCUCUGCCAUCUGGCAUGGGGUGUACCCAGGAUACUAUUUAACAUUUCUAACAGGAGUGCUGAUGACCCUGGCAGCACGAGCUAUCAGAAACAACAUCAGGCACUACUUUGUGGAGUCCCCUGCAGCCAAGGCAUGUUAUGAUAUCAUCACGUGGGUGACAACUCAAGUAGCCAUCAGUUACACAGUGGUGCCCUUUGUGCUGCUCUCUGUCAGGCCCUCUCUCACCUUUUACAGUUCCUGCUAUUUCUGCCUUCACAUUGGCAGCAUCCUGGUCUUGUUGGUUUUUCCAUUGAAAAGAACUCAAAAAAGAAGUAAAAAUCCUGAAAACCUCCAGCCAGCCUGGUCCAGAAAACUAGAAGAAGAAAACCUUUUGCAAAAGAACAAUUAUUCCACAACAAAAAAUAGCUUCAAGCAGAGCCAAGAAAUCAGCUGCAGAUAUCAAGCACUGAAGCAGUGA